AGGCACCGCCCUGUAAUUUACCCAACCUUAAACCCUACCAAUCGCCCAUAUCUGUUCCUCGUCUUCCUCCUCCGCCUCGGGCUAGGGUUUCCUCGUCGCUCGCUGUAAACCCUAGUAAACCCUAGAUGCUAUGAUAUGGAGGAGACCUGUAACUCUGUCAUGGCACCGGACGCUCAAAACCCUAGCGAACCCAGUUGCUAAAUCCCUCGAAAAAUCUCGCCUUUCACUCUCCCCACAAAUUGUCGACUCUACCCUAUCGAAUUGCCCCUCGGAUACUAUUGCUCUGAGCUUCUUCCUCUGGUGCGCGCGCCAACCGGAUUACUUCCACGAUCCCCGCUCCUUCGAUCGGAUAGUCCCCGUCGUCCGCCGCCUCACCGAUCGGUUUGGAUCCGUUCCAGGUAUCAUAGAAGAGCUGGAGAGUGUCGGGUGCCCCGUAAAGGCGCAAACUUUUAUCAUUUUGCUUAGGGUUUAUUGGCGCGGGAAUUUGUAUAGCAGCGCCCUCGAGGUGUUCGAUGAAAUGGGUAAGUGGAAUUUUGCACCCAAUACCUUCGCAAGGAACAUAAUUCUCGACGUACUAUUCAGGAUCGGUGAUAUUGAUGCAGCUUUGAAAUUCUUGAGAGGUACCCAGUCCCCAAAUUUCCUUACUUACAACAUAGUUUUAAGCAACCUCUCGAAGUCCGGUGAUUGGGUGGGAGUUUGGGAGGUUUUCAAGGCGAUAGUGAAGAGUGGAUUUCGCCCAAAUGCUGGCACCUUUACGGUGGUUUUUGAUUGUUGUAGAAAGUUAGGAAGGUUUCGAGAAUUGCUACAAUUGCUAUCUUUUAUGCUCGUAUCUGGCAUGCAGCUUACGUUGGCCAUCUGGACAAUGUUAAUCGAUAGUUUGUGUCAAGUUGGGCAAGUUGAUUCAGCCAUUAGAUUGCUAGAGAAGAUGGUAAAAUCUGGGUUUUCGCCCAAUGUUGUAACUUAUACAUCACUUGUAAAGGGACUGUUUCGAGCUCAAAAGCAUGAUAAGAUUGUUGGGCUUUUGGAUUCCAUGUCGUCUGAUGAUUGCAAUCCUGAUGUUGUUCUUUAUAAUGUCAUGAUGGAUUGCUUCUCCAAGGAGAGAAGGUAUGAUGAUGCUAUUGAUGUUUUCUUUUGUUUGCGUGAUAGGAAUUUGAAGCCAGAUGCCUACACAAUAUCUACAUUGAUGUCUAUAUUACGUUUAUCGAGAAAAAUAAGCUUGCUUCCUCAGUUAGUUCCGAGGGUGGAUGUUUCUUUCGAUCUUGUGCUGUGUAAUUCCGUAUUAAGCCUUUUAUCCAAGGCUGGUUUUCCAUCCCAAGCAGUAGAAUUUUAUGGUGAUAUAGUCGAUAGGGGCUUCAAACCCGACUGUUAUAGCUACGUUGGAUUGCUGAACAGCCUUUGUCAGAUUGGAAGGAUUGACUAUGCGAUUAAUGUUUAUCUUGGUAUUCUUAUGAAUAAUCCCAAUGUAGAUCCUUAUGUCCAUACAGCUAUUCUUGUUGGGCUCAUCAAAAAUGGAAAAUACUACGAAGCCAUUAGGCUGUUCAGAAGAGCUGUUUCUGAAAACUGCCUUCUUGAUGUGGUGGCUUUUACUAAUGCUAUACAUGGGCUAUUCCGGGCUAGUAUGUAUAAAGAGGCUUGCGAUUUGUUUGAUCAAUUGAAGGAGUUUGGUGUUAGUCCAAAUACAUGUACAUAUAAUGUGAUGCUUCGAGGCUUUUGCAAGGCUAGGGAUUUAAAUGCAGUUCAGCUAUUGCUAAGAGAUAUGGAGUUGGCUGAAGUUGAGAUGGAUAGCAUCUCGUUCAACACCAUAGUAGUUCUCUUGAUUAAAUUGAAUCGUUUUCGUUCGGCUUCUCGAUUGGUCAGGAAAAUGCUUGAUCUGGGGAUGCAGCCCAAUUCAGCCACUUGUUCAUUACUUUCCCGACAUCGCAGCCGUAUCUCUGUUAAACAAAAUGGAGAUUUUUGCCAACAAUUUUUGUAUUAUUUGGAGGGUAAUAAUGCUAUUGAAACUUCAGACUCAGAUUCAUCGGAUGCUCUUGUUGUGUGCAGUGGGAAAUAGAAAAUUUUCUGCACUUUUGUUUGCAGCAAACUAUGAGAUCCAUUAGCAUUAUGUUUUGAGAUAGCAAUUUAGAUGCUCGACACUGAAUGGAAACUCUAAAGCUCUGAGUUUUGCCAGUAUAUUGGCUUGUCCCUGCACAAGGUUUUUGUGGUCACCCAUAUUGAAGCUCCAAAUGAGCAGCUUGAUUCUCAUUGAGGUGGAUUUCCAGAAUGAGAUGUAUUUGCUGUUGUAUAUAAAUUGAUGAGCAUUUAUUUGCAAAUAGGAGUUAGGAAGGGACUUCUGACACACAUCAUGCAGACAAAAUGCAGAUCAUAUGCUCAUUCCUUAACUUCUCUUUUUAAAGAAAAUAGAAGCAACUUCAGCUAAAGCAUAUAAAAUGGAGUCAGUCCUCUUCUGAAGCAAGCUAAUUAUUGUACAGCUUGGCUGGAGGCUAAAAUAUCUUCCAUAUUGUGCUAGUUGGCAUGGGAGCUUUUUGAAUGAUCCGAAGCUGAAAAGUGUGGGGGGGCAUCUGCUCCAUUCCUCCAUUCUUGUGCUUCCUGCAUUCUUGUGCCUUAUCAUGGAUGGAGAAUAAGCCAUAGGGACACAUCAACAGAAUCACAUGCACGUAGAGAACGACGAAUUAUGGCACCCUGUAUGUGAAAUAUCUCCAAUUUUCUCCAAAAUUAUAAGGAUUUAUGGUGGUUUCCUUGAUCGAUUCAGGUUAUGGAUUUUCUCAAGUAGUGACGUGUUCCUUCCGAGUGAGGAGGAUGUUAUAACAUUGAUGGUUUGGUGGAUAAAAUUGGCGGCAUUGCUUGCAGGUUCAACAUGGUUUAUGGGGCUUCUUCAGAUGAUUAAGUUAUAUUUUUUUUUCCCAUGUUGGAUUUCUGUGAUGUGGUUGGAUUUUGUGAUAUAGUUGCAUUAUCAUGGACAGGAAGAGAAACUUCCAUGGUAUUGCAGAAAGGUGUGAUUUUAAAAGGAGUUUGCAGAUCUAAAUGACUUAAGUCGUGGAGCGAGGUGCUGGAGUAGCGUUCAGUGCUUAGAAGAUUUGUGGAAACGAUGAGGAAGUUUAAGUUAUGGGAGAAGAACUUUGCAUAUAUAUUAAGAAGGAAAGCUGCAGUAGUGUUAGAGAUUGCUUUGCUGGAUAAAAAGUUGGAACAGUUGGGGUUCUCUGUUGGUGAGAGGAAUAGAAUGGAGGAGUUAAAAUUGAUUGGAGGAAAAUCCUUUGGGCACAGGGGGCUAAAUUGAAUUGGUUAGGGACCGGAUAUGGCAAUACCAAUUUUUUUGGUCCUAAUUUUGCUAGUUCGAGGAGGAGAUGGAAUCCAAUCAGUAUAUGAUUGCAAAGGAACAGAUGCAACUUUUCCUGAUAAUUUAAGGAACUAUUUGGUCUUAGGAAUAGAGAAUUAUGGGCUUAACUGGUCAGAUUCUUGAGCCUGAUUAGAGGAGAUUUAUCAGAGGAGGAAACUUCAGAGGCAGCGUUGCCGCCCUUCUUCUUUCAGAAUUUUAGGGAUGUUGUAAAGGAUGAUCUAAUGCAUAUCUUCAAGGAGUUUUUUUGAUGGGUCUGCAGAAAAUUGGUAGCUGAUUAUUAUGCCUUCGAAGUUUUAAUUCCAGAAGGAGAAAAAGCCGAUCAACCUAGUAAGUUCGGGCCUAUUUGUUUGUUGAACAGUGUUCACUACUGUCUCCGUCGAUUUCGGUGAAACAUCAAUCAGAAGAAUUAAUUAUAUAGUCGAGCGUAUAAAAUAGCAAGCAGGUUAUUUCACUCAAAAUAUAACUUUGUGUGCAAUUAUUGACAAAUACAGGAGACCAUGUGAUGGAUUGCAACAGCAUCGUUAUUUAGAUAGUAGAAUUUCGCAAUUGGAACAAAAUUUAGAUGAUUUUGGAGUUCUCUUCCUGAAAGAUAAUCUUCAAAGGUUGGGAUGGGACUUGGGAGAUCAUACUCUCUAUGCCCUUUUUUUUCCCCUCA